UCAUGCACCAGGCCCCCUCCUUGGGAAUAGUAUAGGGUUACACUCCGUCAGUACAUCCUAACUUCGGCCCGGAACUAAUCUAACGCUGACCAGGUCAAAGUCAGCACAAGCAGGAAUCCUUUGUUUCGCCAAACUCUUCUCCCGAAAUCUCGAUAAUACAUAUAGGAUUAUCAUGGGGGUGUGGAUGAGAUAUUUUGGAGUAUUGUGUCUCCUUUGUGUGGCGGUGCUUGCUGACGAAGAAUGCGGGGAGUGCAAUAGAGACGAAUGUCCACCCCUGGACACGUCAAAAUGUCUGGCCAGUUUUAAAAGGGAUCGCUGCGAUUGUUGUCUGGUUUGCCUUCAGCAUGAGUUGCAGCCAUGUGACCUGCCGAAUCGUCCCUUCAGGUACGGAGAAUGUGGGGACUACCUCACGUGCGUUCCUGGGGCUGGUGACGUAGGCCAGUGUACCUGCGACAAUCAAGAGGUCAUUUGUGGAUCCGAUGGAGUUACCUACAACAAUCUGUGUCAGCUUCACCAGGAAAAUUCAAACAGAGACGAAGUCGUCAUUGUUAAAGCAUUCGGGAAGUGUAAAACCGAAACAGAAGCUUCGAAGCCAGUCAUCACCAGCGGACCCCCGGAUGUUGUGAACGGAACCGGAAGUAAUGUAGCAAUGAUAUGCGAGGCCACCGGAAAUCCAAUCCCUUAUAUCCUAUGGCUGUUUACAAGGGCCGAUGGGACCACCGUCAAUAUGCCAGGAGAUGACAAAGACGUGUCUAUGAAUCUUCGUGGGGGUCCUGAAGUUAAUCAGGUGACUGGCUGGCUGCAGGUAAUGGACAUCGCCAAAAAACACGAAGGAGAUUACACAUGCAUCGCCAAGAACACUGAGGGCGAUGUCAAUGCCACCGGGAGACUCAAGGUCAUCGAAACCAUUGACAUUGCCGAGGAAACCGGCGAGGAGACAUAAGCACGUGAUACUCUGAAACCAUCCGGGUCCUGUGACGUCAUAAACAGGUUCUGGCGAGGACAACAUGACGCAAUUUACUGCCCCGCCAGUCUUUCUUUCUUGCAAUAGAUCUAUCUUCAGUAGAAUUCUUCGCGCAAUUUUGUUAUUUUAUUUUUUACUCAUUCUUCGGGUAUUAAAGAGACGUGAUCGUCUGCUGUUUCCAUGGAAACGGAAAUGACGAUGAUCGGUAGCGACAAGAUGUUGCCAUGGUGAUAGGGAAUCCGUGUGUUUCUAAGGAGACCAGAUGGUGGAAUUUGUAUGGAGACUGACGAUAUUUUCCAAUGGAUAUCCGAAACGGGACGUUUCUUUAGAGAUAUGGACGGUGAAGGACUCAUGGAUGCGAAUGAUUCCAAUAGGUGGUAGUGUCCAUGGAAACGAAGGUGGCCAGUCUGUCUGGAAUCAGUAUAUGUGGUUUCCAUGGAAAUCUAGACGAUGUUGUAAAGAUACUGGAAUGAAAGUUUUUCUUGUUAAGGAGAAAGGUCUUUGUGUCUCUAUAUCACGGACUAACUAACUUGAAAGUAUGAUAAGCCGAAGUGAGUAGGCUUUUGUUUUCACGAAAAUAAUUUGUAAGUAAUUGUAAUAAUUUGUUAUAAUUAUCAAAGCAAUAUUUACGCUGCACAUUCAGAGGUAAAUAUUUACACAAGAUGCCUGCGCAGUUUACCGAAAUUAUAUCGCGUCGCUAUAUGCUGUAUAUUUCAAGGAUAUUUCAUUUCAAAUUAAAUAUUCAUAAGCAAGAUGUCGAGAAGUUCUGCAGUAAAUCUGUAUGAUGUGUCAUGUCGUUAUGUGUUUGUGAUGCUACGUUAAUUUUAGAUGGAUGUUUCCUUGUUCGAUGUUAUAUAUAUAUGACAUUAUCUGAUUUUACUGACUGGCUGUAGUCUGUAUGUGCUGAUAGUUAUUUUAUCUGACAACAAAACGUCAUAAGUCUUCCAUAGUGUUACCUACAUGUAUGUGCGAUGUUUAGAGAACUGUGAAAA